GCCGCCCUCCUGCGCUGCCCGCGCCCGCGCCCCUGCCCAGGGCAUGGCCCGCCCGGGGGCCGCCGCGCUGGCGCUGGCCCUGGCGCUCCUGGAGGUGACCCUGCCCGGGGCCCGCGCCCGGGACGCAGCCCUGGACGAGCCCGACUACUCGCUGCAGGAGACCUGGAGCCCGGAGCACUACGACGCGCAGCCCGAGCCCGAGCCCGAGCCCGAGCGGGGCCCGCCGCCCGCGGGGCCCGGGGAGGAGCCGCGGCCGCCCAGGAAGGCCACCCCGCCCCAGAGAGCGCCCAGGAGGGAGAAGCCGGCCGCCGAGCCGCCUCCCGAAGGGUGCCCGCCUCUCGGCCUGGAGACCUUGAGGGUCACCGACUUCCAGCUCCACGCCUCCACGACCAGGCGCUACGGGCUGGGGGCGCACCGCGGGAGGCUCAACAUCCAGGCGGGGAUCCACGAGAACGACGUGUACGACGGGGCCUGGUGCGCCGGCCGGAAGGAUCUGCACCAGUGGCUGGAGGUGGACGCCCGGCGGCUGACGCGGUUCACGGGGGUCAUCACGCAGGGGAGGAACUCGCUGUGGCUGAGUGACUGGGUGACUUCCUACAAGGUCCUGGUCAGCAACGACAGCCACACGUGGGUCACGGUCAGGAAUGGCUCUGAGGACAUGGUGUUCGAGGGGAACAGCGAGAAGGAGACCCCCGUCCUCAACGAGCUGCCCGUGCCCAUGGUGGCCCGCUACAUCCGCGUCAACCCGCAGUCCUGGUUCGAGGGCGGCGGCAUCUGCCUGCGGCUGGAGGUGCUGGGCUGCCCCCUGCCGGAUCCCAAUAACUAUUAUCACCGACGGAAUGAAAUGACCACCACGGACGACCUGGACUUCAGGCACCACAGCUAUAAGGAAAUGCGCCAGCUGAUGAAGGUGGUGAAUGAAAUGUGUCCCAACAUCACCAGGAUCUACAACAUCGGCAAGAGCCACCAGGGCCUGAAGCUGUACGCCGUGGAGGUCUCGGACCACCCCGGCGAGCACGAAGUCGGUGAGCCCGAGUUUCACUACAUCGCGGGAGCCCACGGCAACGAGGUGCUGGGCCGGGAGCUGCUGCUCCUGCUGCUGCAGUUCCUGUGCCAGGAGUACCUGGCGGGAAACGCGCGCAUCGUCCGCCUGGUGGAGGGCACCCGCAUCCACCUGCUGCCCUCGCUCAACCCCGACGGCUACGAGAAGGCCUGGGAAGGGGGCUCGGAGCUGGGGGGCUGGUCCUUGGGGCGCUGGACCCACGACGGGAUUGACAUCAACAACAACUUCCCGGACCUCAACUCCCUGCUCUGGGAGACGGAGGCGCGCCGCGGGGGGCCCAGGAAGCCCCCCAACCACCACCUGGCGGUCCCUGAGUGGUUCCUGUCGGAAAACGCCACGGUGGCAGCCGAGACCCGCGCGGUCAUCGCCUGGCUGGAGAAGGUCCCCUUCGUGCUGGGCGGGAACCUGCAGGGCGGCGAGCUGGUGGUGGCCUACCCCUACGACAUGGCCCAGUCGGCGCAGAAGCCGCAGGAGCGCACGCCCACGCCCGACGACCACGUGUUCCGCUGGCUGGCCUACGCCUACGCGUCCACGCACCGCCUCAUGACCGACGCCCGGCGGCGCGUGUGCCACACCGAGGACUUCCAGAAGGAGGACGGCACGGUCAACGGGGCCUCCUGGCACACGGUGGCCGGCAGUCUCAACGACUUCAGCUACCUUCACACCAACUGCUUCGAGCUGUCCAUCUACGUGGGCUGCGACAAGUUCCCGCACGAGAGCGAGCUGCCCGAGGAGUGGGAGAACAACAGGGAGUCCCUGAUUGUCUUCAUGGAGCAGGUCCAUCGUGGCAUCAAAGGCCUGGUGCAGGACUCGCUCGGGCACGGCAUCCCUGGCGCGGUGGUCUCCGUGGAGGGCAUCGACCACGACGUGCAGACAGCCAGCGACGGGGACUACUGGCGCCUCCUGAACCCCGGGGAGUACGUGGUCACGGCCAGGGCCGAGGGCUUCACCUCGUCCACCAAGCACUGCCUGGUGGGCUACGACAUGGGUGCCACGCGGUGCGACUUCACGCUCAGCAAGACCAACCUGGCGCGCAUCCGCGAGAUCAUGCAGCGGUUCGGGAAGCAGCCGCUGAGCCCGCCGGCCCAGCCUCGGGGGCGCCGACGCCGGCGGCAGCGUGGGAGACCGAGGCCCUGAGACCGGACCCUGUUCGCGUCUCGCUCCGGGGGGCCGGGGAGUGUGACCUGCGAGGCCGGCCCCGGGAAGGGUUUGCUUUCCCUUGUUCCCUUGUAGCUCAGUAGUGCGAUGGGCGCGUGGAGCAGCAGAGCAGAGAUGGGAAGGGCGAGGCCUGGGCCCCGGGCAGCGACGACCCCGUGUCUCCCUCCUGUGGGUGUGCCAGCAGGCGCCCCCUCUGCCAGGCACGAGCCUGCCACUGCAGCACCCACAGCUCCCGAGAGCCCCCCCUCUGCUCCGGGGCUCGCCCAGCCGCCGGAACCUUCUGGGUGCCGGGGCCGAGAGGACGCUCCCCGGGGCGGAGCCCAGGUCAGGAAUAGGGAGCAGGACUCCUGGCCAGGCCUGGACCAGAGCGAGCGUCCGGCCCUGCUGGUCAGUAGCCAGGGGCUUCCUGGGUGGGGGAGCCAGAGGUGUCAGUGUCUGAGGGUCCGGAGGGAACCGCAGGAGGGCCAGGAGGAGGCUCGCGGCCCCCUCUAGGCUUCAGCCUCUGUCCUUCUGUUGCCGGGGGCCCCCUGCAGACAGCUGCCCAUGCCGGGGGCCCCUCCCGAGUGCCCAGGCCUGAGCUCCCAGCCUAGGCUCAGGUUCACGGGAGGUGGACAGUCGCUCUCGAGGCACGGGGCCGGAGCGGGGGUUCAGUGACCACAUGGGAAACUCUGCGGGUCCCGCUUUUCAUUUCAUUUCUGUCGCUGCCGCGCAGGCCUGGGAAGGAGGGAAAUAAAGCGAGUGGGAAGAGCU